AUACAUAUUGCAGAUAAAAUGGAAGGUCAUGGAAAUACUAAACUAAAUUCGGUCGAAAGCUCACAUAUUUUUCUUGUUUCCCUGCAUUGCAAUAACCUUGAAUUGGUAUGCUUGUGUGAUGUUUUAAAUAAUUUUUGUGCUCAAUUUCUGUUUAAGGCUAAAUCAAAUGCGACCGGAAAUAGAUAUAUAGGAGACAUUCUAAAAUGGUUUUCAGGCUUAUCUCACGAUGAAUAA